AUGCCGAUAACAAACCACCCCAUGACAAUGGAUCGUGUAGAGAAGAACCAUAAAAUAAGAAAAUAUAGUGAGGAUUUUUUACAGUAUGGUUUUACCUCAAUAAUUACAGUAGGGAUUGAGAAACCACAAUGUGUUAUUUGUUGUGAAGUUCUAUCAGCUGAAUCUAUGAAGCCAAACAAACUAAAACGCCAUUUUGAUAGCAAGCAUCCGAGCUUUGCCGGCAGGGAUACCAACUAUUUUAGAAGCAAAGCUGAUGCACUCAAAAAAGCCAGACUUGACACUGGUGGCAAGUAUUACAAACAAAACGUAGCAGCCGUUGAAGCUUCAUAUUUGGUGGCACGUAGAAUUGCCAGAGCUAUGAAACCUCACACCAUUGGUGAGGAUUUACUGUUGCCAGCGGCCAAAGACAUUGUUCGAGUUAUGAUCGGAGACGAAUAUGUUAAGAAAUUGAAUGCAAUUUUCUUAUCUAACGAUACUGUUCGCAGACGAUUAGAUGACAGGUCGGCUGAUAUUCUUAGUAAGGUAGUACAGGAAAUUAAAUCUGCUCCACUUCCAAUAUUUAGUAUCCAGCUUGAUGAAUCUACAGACGUGGCAAACUGUUCACAGUUACUGGUUUUUGUGAGGUAUAUUAAUGACGGCGACUUUAAAGAUGAGUUUCUUUUUUGCAAACCUCUUGAAACGACAACUACUGCACAUGAUGUAUUUGACAAAGUUGGAUCAUUUCUGAAAGAGCAUCAGAUCUCUUGGGAAAAGGUUUGUGGUGUUUGUACUGAUUGUGCUCCAGCUAUGCUAGGAUGUCGAUCUGGAUUUCAACGUGUGGUACUGAAUGAGUCACCAAAAGUCAUUGGAACUCACUGUAUGAUUCAUAGGCAAAUAUUAGCAACGAAGACGCUGCCACAAAAUUUACAGGAAGUUAUGAAAAGCGUCAUAAGUUGUGUCAAUUUUGUAAAGGCGAGCAGUUUAAACAGUCGACUGUUUUCGCAACUGUGCAACGAGUUGGAUGCGACACACAAUGCUUUGUUAUUUCAUACUGAAAUGUGA